UCAUCUCGACUGUCAUCUUCUGAGUUCUGAAACUAAAAGGCAAGCUUUAACAGAGGAGAAGUGAGAUUCGCAGCUGAAGAAGAAGAAGGAGAAUGGAGGAAACCACUACACCACAAGUACCAUUUAAAAACAAUCUUCAUAGCAGAGAAUUUCAAGGUCACAAGAAGAAGGUCCAUUCGGUAGCUUGGAAUUGCUUAGGCACGAAGCUCGCUUCAGGUUCUGUUGAUCAAACCGCUCGAAUUUGGCACAUUGAGCCUCACGGGCAUGGCAAGGUUAAAGAUAUUGAACUGAAGGGGCACACUGAUAGUGUGGAUCAAUUAUGUUGGGACCCUAAACAUGCUGAAUUAAUUGCGACUGCAUCUGGUGAUAAAACUGUCCGACUCUGGGAUGCUCGUAGUGGUAAAUGCUCUCAACAGGUGGAACUCAGUGGGGAAAAUAUUAAUAUUACAUAUAAACCAGAUGGGACACAUAUAGCUGUUGGAAAUAGGGAUGAUGAGCUAACAAUACUGGAUGUUCGUAAAUUUAAGCCAAUUCACAAGCGCAAAUUUGGUUAUGAGGUAAAUGAAAUUGCUUGGAAUACUACGGGAGAGAUUUUCUUUCUUACAACAGGAAAUGGUACUGUUGAGGUUCUAGCUUACCCAUCUCUUAAAGCACUACACACUCUGUCAGCUCAUACAGCAGGUUGCUAUUGCAUCGCAAUUGCUCCUAAUGGAAGAUAUUUUUCUGUUGGGAGUGCUGAUUCUCUAGUCAGCCUCUGGGAUCUGUCAGAGAUGCUCUGUGUACGGACCUUUACAAAGCUUGAAUGGCCUGUCAGAACCAUAAGCUUCAAUCACACGGGAGAGUUUAUUGCUUCAGCCAGUGAAGAUCUAUUUAUUGAUAUUUCUAACGUCGAAAGUGGUCGAACGGUUCAUCAAAUUCCUUGUCGGGCGGCAAUGAACAGCGUGGAAUGGAAUCCCAAAUAUAACUUAUUGGCGUAUGCAGGAGACGACAAGAACAAGUACCAGGCUGAUGAAGGUGUUUUCAGAAUAUUUGGGUUCGAGAGCACCUAAUAACCAGCUGUCAAGAGGCAAGUUUCAUUGUCAUUUGAACAAAUGGAUGCUUAUUCCUCUUUUUUUUUUUUCAUUCUUAUCAGUUGUCCCCAUGAUUAGGCUUUACUUGGGAAAUUGAUGCUCAUAUGUUGUAACUAGAAGUAGCCUUUUAUUAAUUAAUAGAAAUAGUAAAUCUUCAUUUC